AGUGCUGAGCGGCGGUUAACGGGACCGUCCAAUCCGCUGGAAAUAUCCGAAAGAAAUUAUUAAAAGAAAACAUUAAAAAGAGGCGUGACGGCGCUGAGUACCGACUGUAAACAUGAGUUAACGACCGCGGGCCCGGUGAAGCUCGUCGGUGUGUGAGCCCACAGCAGCACGAUGCCUGUCCCUCCUCCUCCACCAGGGGGCCCCCCACCUCCCCCGGCCCUCAGUCAGUCCUCCAGAUGCCCUCCCACAGUCGGCGCUGACCGUGGAGCGCUUCUGUCCGACAUCUGCAGAGGCACCAGACUGCGAAAGGUCACCGAGGUCAACGACAGGAGCGCGCCACAACUCCACCAGUCCCGCCCCCCCACGCUGCAGACUCCAUCCCCGGCACAGACUCCGCCCCUCGCACACAGCCCGCUGGACAGUAAGCCCCCGCCCUCCGAGCACCCGUACUUCCGUUUGUACCAGUAUCUCCAGCAGGGGGCGCAGCGGACCUCCUCCACUAACAGCCCCGUCUCCACAGACAAGCCGAAAGUGGGUGAAGCUACAGUAGGAGCGGCCAAUGGCAGUGGAGCCACCAGUCCCUCGGGUUCAGCUCCACCAAUCGGAGGCCUGUUUCCAGGUGGAGUCCCCAAACUUCGAGCGUCUGCAGACGGUUCUUCGGGUCGAGCGCCGCGAGCCGCUGCGCCCCGCCCCCCGAGCCAACGCCAUGAUGACGUCGACAGCCCUGCGCUCUCCUCGGCCCCUCUCCCUCAGUGUCGGCGUGGUAACGCCCCAUCUCCUCCGGUCACCGCCUACAACCGAGAGAAGCCCCUCCCCCCGACCCCGCCCUCUGCCUCCAAGCCCCGCCCCCCUACCUCAGGAGGAAACCCCGCCCCCUGCUCCCUGGCCCCACCUCCUCCACAGUACCAUGGUAAUGGUGCAGAGAGCAGCCCGGACCUGCCGCAGAGACAAAACUCCCUCAACAAACGCCCUGCCCCCUCGCCAACAGGCCACACCCCCACACGAGGCCCUGCCCCUCCACCACCCAGCCCUGCCCACAACAGGCCAACGCCCACCGCCUCCAGCCCCUCCCACCAGGCGACCCGGCCCGCCCCUCCGAGCAGAGAACCGCCCCCCAGAGCCGCAGCUCCUCCUGCUCCGGUAAUGUCAUCGCCCCGCCCCGGCUGCAGAGAGGCUCCGCCCCCUCCGCCCGGCAGGACUCACGGUAGCCCCGCCCCUUCUGACCCCCCCUCUAGAGGAAAGCCCCCUCCUCCCCCACGCACCCCCGCAGCUCCGCCCCCCCCUCCCCCUUCCCACCCGCACCGCAACGGACCCUGCUCCCCCCGAAUCCGCAUCGACGAUUUUGAGUCUAAAUAUUCGUUUCAUCCUUUGGACGACUUCCCUCCUCCAGAAGAAUACAGGCACUUCACCAAGAUCUACCCCAGCAAAGCCAACCGAGUGAUGAGAGGAGCUCCGCCCCUGCCGCCUGUCGCCAGGUGAAGUGUCUGGUCCGAUUUUGCACCUGCACUUUUAGUUUUGUGACACAAACUACUGCGAUAAUUCAGCUUUGUUUAGUCGAUUCUUGAAAAGUGCCAAUUUGAGGAGAUCCUGAAGCGACUCGGAUCUGCUCCUCCCUCUCCUGCAUGUGGACAACUCAGACUACCCAUAAUUCAUAGUUUACAGUGUUAUUAUCAUGUGACAUAAUAACACUCUUUGUCAAACUCUUACUGUGGUUUAAAGGCAACUCUUGAAGAAAGCAUCCAGCUCAGACCAGAGCUAAACCAGGAAUAAAGCAGGACUAAAGCAGGUCUAAACCAGGACUAAACCGGGACUAAACCAGGACUAAACCGGGUCUAAACCAGGACUAAACCAGGACUAAACAAGGUCUAAACCAGGACUAAACCAGGACUAAACCGGGUCUAAACCAGGACUAAAGCAGGUCUAAACCAGGACUAAACCAGGACUAAACCAGGACAGAACCAUGUCUUUCACAUUAAGUUAUUUAAGUUGUGGACUUUGGUCUGAACUGGGUUCCUGUUCUCAGGAGCAGCUGUUAAACUGUCCUCUGGUUUAGAUCUGGACUUGGUCUGGACUUCGAUUCUUGGGUCCAUUUGUUUGUUUGAAUUGUCUUUAUUUAAGUUUCUGUUUUGUUGAAUUCAGCUGCUACUUUGAAUAGCCUGGGUCAAAUUGUGUAUUUUAAGUUCAUGUUUAACACUGUAAGUUGAUGUGACUAAACCGGCACUAAAAUAGAAUUAAAUCAGGGACUAAACCAGGAUUUGACCAACACAGAUAGGGACCAACUAAAACAGGACUAAACCGGGACUAAAUCACUUCUAAACCAGGAUUAAAUCAGGGACUGAACCAGGACUUGACCAUGAUUAUACCAGGACCAUUGCAGAUUAAAAUAGGGACCAACUAAAACAGAACUAAACCAGGUCUUAACCAGGACUAAAACAGGACUAAAAUGCGACUAAACCAGACCUAAACCAGGACUUUGCUGCCCUCUGUUCUCCCCCCUCCCUCUCUCUCUUUGCCUUAUGAGCGUUUUUGCCGUAAAAUUGUUUGGUUUGUACGAGGCGUGUGAUUGGCUGUUCAAACAUGACGUCGUGUUCUGCAUGAAACUAAAACUAAAAUAAAAGUUACUCACAG